GCCUCUUGCCAGUGCAGUUCUCUAAUGAAAGCAGCCCUUUAUCGCCCGUUUUAAUCGCUCUCCGGUUCACGCCCAGCGCAGCUCUCCUAGCCGCUUCUCCUUGGAGGGGGCAAACGGCGUGAUUCUCGGCAAGGCGUCUGCCGGUGGUCGUAUUUUCACCGCACUCGCACAAACCCGAAGCGGCGAUCCCGGCCACGCCAGGUGCCGCUUCCAGAGGGGAGGAGUCUACCGGCACAGGCACACCCCUCCGCGGCGAAGAGAAAGCUUAGCGACGGACAUCGCGCUGCUGGCGCAACAUGACGGCGGACUGUCGGCGCGCACUGGACACUUAACGCACGGAGAAUUGCGCGUUAUCACCGGCUGCCUGUGUCCCCCUGGCAGGGAGGGUGGCUCGCUCCGUUCUGUCUCCCCGUUUCUUGACGUUGCGUGGCGUCCUUCCCGUCGCGCUGGAUCUUUCGUGUAAGAAGAUGUGCGUGGAGAGCGACGGCUGCGAGCUAGAGGGCUGCGGCAGCUCGGACGAGGUGCGCACCCUGUCCGGCAGCAUGAGCCCGACGCUCCGCUCCAGCCCCGAUCUGCGCUCCUGUAGACCGGGGCAGAAAUUCCGCGCGGCGCUGCUCAAGUGCAAGUCUCCGGUAGCGGCAGCCGGGAUACUCAGCUUCGGAAAUGUGCUUAAUUACAUGGACAGAUACACAGUGGCAGGUGUUCUCCUUGACAUCCAGAAGCAUUUCACCGUCACCGACAGCGAGGCCGGCUUGCUCCAGACAGUGUUCAUCUGCAGCUUCAUGGUGGCGGCGCCCAUCUUUGGCUACCUUGGUGACCGUUUCAACCGGAAGAUCAUCCUCAGUUGUGGGAUCUUCUUCUGGUCCGUGGUGACACUCUCUAGCUCCUUCAUCACCAAAGAGUACUACUGGCUGUUCGUCCUGUCGAGAGGCCUGAUCGGCAUCGGGGAGUCCAGCUACUCCUCCAUCUCUCCCACCAUCAUCGGGGAUCUCUUCACCAACAACACGCGCACCAUGAUGCUCUCUGUCUUCUACCUGGCGAUCCCCCUGGGCAGUGGACUGGGCUACAUCUUGGGUUCCAGUGCAAAGGAGGCAGCCGGUGACUGGCAUUGGGCACUGAGGGUGUCUCCCGUCUUGGGCAUCACCGCCGGGACACUCAUCCUUUUCUUCGUACCUGAGCCCAAACGAGGGAGCGCCGAUCACGCGGCAGGGCGCCUCAAGACACCCUGGACGUGCGACAUGAAGGCUCUCGCCAAGAACCGCAGCUACGUGUUCUCCUCCCUGGCCUCCGCCGCCGUGUCCUUCGCCACUGGGGCCUUUGGGGUCUGGAUCCCGCAGUACCUCUUCCGGGCACAGGUGGUGCAGAAGAGCGUGGUGCCCUGUACCCAGGAGCCCUGCAGCAGCAAGGACAGCCUGAUCUUCGGCGCCAUCACCUGUGUGACGGGGCUCCUGGGGGUCCUGAUUGGGGCGGCCACCACUCGCCUGUGCCGGCAGAAGACGGAGCGUGCCGACCCGCUGGUGUGUGCCGUCAGCAUGCUGGGCUCGGCUAUCUUCAUCUGCCUCAUCUUCGUUGUGGCUAAGAAGAGCAUCGUGGGAGCUUACAUAUGCAUUUUUAUCGGUGAGACACUGCUGUUUCUGAAUUGGGCCAUAACGGCGGACAUUUUGAUGUAUGUUGUCAUCCCGACCCGGAGAGCCACAGCCGUAGCGUUCCAAGGCUUCACCUCGCACAUCCUGGGAGAUGCCGGAAGCCCGUACCUGAUUGGUCUGAUCUCGGACAACCUGCAGAAGAGCUACCCCGGGUCGGACCUCUGGAAGUUCCUGAGCUUGGGUUACGCCCUCAUGCUCUGCCCCUUCGUCAUCGUCCUUGGGGGCAUGUUCUUCCUCGCCACGGCCCUCUUCUUCCUGGACGACAGAGAGAAAGCGGAGAGACAGCUGAGCCAGUCCACCACGUCGCCCUCCUCCAUCAAGGUAUGAUCAGGUGAGUGUCGCCGGAUCUCCUGAUGCCUCCCACCGGCGUACAAAGUGAACAGUGGCAGGUCGCCUUAACGCUCUUCACACGUCGCGUCAGCCCUGAACACGCCAGUCAGCUCUGUGGUGUGCGACUCCACCAGCUAGGCCGGUUCUGGGUGGCACCAAGGUGAUUAAGCUCACGGAUCGGGAUGGUCCCGCUUCUCACUUGGGUCUGGGCAGAGUUUCCAUGCCGAUCAUGUUACAGAUUAACCUGUAAAAACUGGCAAUAACAACCCCCCCGCCCCCCCGUCCAGCCUCUCUGGGGCACAGGGACGAAGGUGUAGGUAUCUGCGUCAGAGCCAUGUCAGUGUAUCAUGCUCCAAACCACGCAUUCUCUCGUCCCCCCUUCCAGCUCAGAGCUUCACCCCGGUUAUUAGAUGUUCCUUAGAGGUUCCAGGCAGCCUCCACACCUGGGGGGGGCACAGGCCUUUGGAGCGUGACGGGGACGUGACUCCCAGAGCGUGAUUCCCAGAGUCCGUGAGCGAUCGCUCAGUCACCGGGCAGCUAUGCAGGCCAGACGGUGCUUUUUGUGUUUACUGUGAAAUGAGUGAUCAGAUGUAAUGAAAUGGCGGCGACCCCCGCGGCCCCCAUUUCGUGACCUUAGGUGACCCCUCCAGCAGAGAAUUACAGUAAGGAUGUCAUAUCUGAGCAGCCUAUGCUGGAAGUGGUCCCCCCCCCCCACCACCAGCCGAAUAACCCAGAUUAGAGUCAGGGCCUCGGAGUAGUGUGUGGCCCCACCCCCAGUGCCAGCGUGGUGGGAGGAGCAGAAGCCGCUCUGGCGGUGGCAGCUGACAGGCCGUCGUGACACCGCAUGGUCUCGUCCCUUUCUCAGGCGUCCAGGCUGCCUCCCCCUCCCCAUGCGACGGGGCAGGUGCGAGGCCCCCGUCUGUCUGCGGCCUGCCAAGAAGACGCACUGACCAGGGGCGGGGGGGUUCAAAAUGGUCGUCAUCGUCAGUCCUCCAUCUGUGUCGCUGGAGAGCGGUUUUAUUUUGGAAGUGGAGUUGCUCGCUGGCGGGGGCCGGGACACUUGACCUUGCGUGAUCGGCACAGUGACCCCACAGCGUGCAGGAGCAGAUGGCAGGAGCAGAACUAACAUCCAUCUGUCCGGUUUCGUUCUACUUUUGUUGCUCCAAGUACAGACCAACACCACCCCCCCCCCCCCCACCCCCC